AUGGGCACUGGGGCCCCCCAGCCCAAUCUCAUGCCUUCUACCCCAGACUCGGGGAUGUAUUCUCCUAGCCGCUACCCCCCGCAGCAGCAGCAGCAGCAGCAGCAACGACAUGAUUCCUAUGGCAAUCAGUUCUCCACCCAAGGCACCCCUUCCGGUAGCCCCUUUCCCAGCCAGCAGACCACAAUGUAUCAGCAGCAACAGCAGAAUUAUAAGCGGCCAAUGGAUGGCACAUACGGCCCUCCUGCCAAACGGCAUGAAGGAGAGAUGUACAGCGUGCCAUACAGCACUGGGCAGGGGCAGCCUCAACAGCAGCAGUUGCCCCCCGCCCAGUCUCAGUCUGCCAGCCAGCAACAAGCUGCCCAGCCUUCCCCUCAGCAAGAUGUGUACAACCAGUACGGCAAUGCCUAUCCUGCUACUGCCACUGCUGCUACUGAGCGCCGACCAGCAGGCGGCCCCCAGAACCAAUUUCCAUUCCAGUUUGGCCGAGACCGAGUCUCUGCACCCCCUGGCUCCAAUGCCCAGCAGAACAUGCCACCGCAAAUGAUGGGCGGCCCCAUACAGGCAUCAGCUGAAGUUGCUCAGCAAGGCACCAUGUGGCAGGGGCGUAAUGACAUGACCUAUAAUUAUGCCAACAGGCAGAGCACAGGCUCUGCCCCCCAGGGUCCUGCUUAUCAUGGUGUGAACCGAACAGAUGAAAUUCUGCACACGGAUCAGAGGGCCAACCAUGAAGGCCCUUGGCCUUCCCAUGGCACACGCCAGCCUCCGUAUGGUCCCUCUGCCCCUGUGCCCACCAUGACAAGGCCCCCUCCAUCUAACUACCAGCCCCCACCAAGCAUGCAGAAUCACAUUCCUCAGGUAUCCAGCCCCGCUCCCCUGCCCCGGCCAAUGGAGAACCGUACCUCUCCUAGCAAGUCUCCAUUCCUGCACUCUGGGAUGAAAAUGCAGAAGGCAGGCCCUCCAGUACCUGCCUCCCACAUAGCACCUGCCCCUGUGCAGCCCCCCAUGAUUCGGCGGGAUAUCACCUUCCCACCUGGCUCUGUUGAAGCUACACAGCCUGUGUUGAAGCAGAGAAGGCGGCUCACAAUGAAAGACAUUGGAACCCCGGAGGCAUGGCGGGUAAUGAUGUCCCUCAAGUCUGGGCUUCUGGCAGAGAGCACGUGGGCAUUAGACACCAUUAACAUCCUGCUAUAUGAUGACAACAGCAUUAUGACCUUCAACCUCAGUCAGCUCCCAGGGUUGCUGGAGCUCCUUGUGGAAUAUUUCCGACGAUGCCUGAUUGAGAUCUUUGGCAUUUUAAAGGAGUAUGAGGUGGGUGACCCAGGACAGAGAACACUUCUGGAUCCUGGGAGAUUCAGCAAGGUGUCUAGUCCAGCCCCCAUGGAGGGGGAAGAAGAAGAAGAACUUCUAGGUCCUAAACUAGAGGAAGAAGAAGAAGAGGCGACAGUUGAAAAUGAUGAGGAGAUGGCCUUUUUAGGCAAGGACAAGCCAGCUCCAGAGAAUUGUGAGGAGAAGCUAAUCAGUAAGUUUGACAAGCUUCCAGUAAAGAUCGUACAGAAGAAUGACCCGUUUGUGGUGGACUGCUCAGAUAAGCUUGGGCGUGUACAGGAGUUUGACAGUGGCCUGCUGCACUGGCGGAUUGGUGGGGGGGACACCACUGAGCAUAUCCAGACCCACUUUGAGAGCAAGACAGAGCUGCUGCCUUCCCGGCCUCCUGUGCCCUGUCCUGCAGCCCCCCGAAAACAUGUCAUAACAGUAGAGGGUGUGCCAGGGACGACAGAACAAGAGGGACCCCCACCUGAUGGCCCUCCAGAAAAACGGAUCACAGCCACUAUGGAUGACAUGUUGUCUACUCGAUCUAGCACGUUGACAGAGGAGGGAGCUAAAAGUGCAGAAGCCACCAAGGAAAGCAGCAAAUUUCCAUUUGGCAUUAACCCAGCACAGAGCCACCGGAACAUCAAGAUCCUAGAGGAUGAACCCCACAGUAAGGAUGAGACCCCACUGUGUACGCUUCUGGAUUGGCAGGAUUCCCUUGCCAAGCGCUGUGUCUGUGUAUCCAAUACCAUCCGAAGCCUGUCAUUUGUGCCAGGCAAUGAUUUUGAGAUGUCUAAACACCCAGGGCUGCUGCUUAUCCUGGGCAAGCUGAUCCUGCUGCACCACAAGCACCCAGAACGAAAGCAGGCACCACUAACUUAUGAGAAGGAGGAGGAACAGGACCAAGGGGUGAGCUGCAACAAAGUGGAGUGGUGGUGGGACUGCUUGGAGAUGCUCCGGGAAAAUACCUUGGUCACGCUCGCCAACAUCUCGGGGCAAUUGGACCUCUCCCCAUACCCUGAGAGCAUUUGCCUGCCUGUCCUGGACGGACUCCUACACUGGGCAGUUUGCCCUUCAGCUGAAGCCCAGGACCCUUUCUCCACCCUGGGCCCCAAUGCCGUCCUCUCCCCCCAGAGACUGGUCUUGGAAACCCUCAGCAAACUCAGCAUCCAGGACAACAAUGUGGACCUGAUUCUGGCCACACCCCCCUUCAGCCGCCUGGAGAAGUUGUAUAGCACCAUGGUGCGCUUCCUCAGUGACCGAAAGAACCCAGUGUGCCGGGAGAUGGCCGUGGUACUGCUGGCCAACCUGGCGCAGGGGGACAGCCUGGCAGCCCGUGCCAUUGCAGUGCAGAAGGGCAGCAUCGGCAACCUCCUGGGCUUCCUCGAGGACAGCCUUGCUGCCACGCAAUUCCAACAGAGCCAGGCCAGCCUCCUCCACAUGCAGAACCCACCCUUUGAGCCAACUAGUGUGGACAUGAUGGGGCGGGCUGCUCGCGCGCUGCUUGCCCUGGCCAAGGUGGACGAGAACCACUCCGAGUUCACUCUGUAUGAGUCACGGCUGUUGGACAUCUCAGUGUCACCAUUGAUGAACUCAUUGGUUUCACAAGUCAUUUGUGAUGUACUGUUUUUGAUUGGCCAGUCAUGACAGCCGUGGGACACCUCCCCCCCACCCCCCACCCCCGUGUGUGUGUGCGUGUGUGGAGAACUUAGAAACUGUUGCCCUUUAUUUAUGCAAAACCACCUCAGAAUCCAGUUUACCCUGUGCUGUCCAGCUUCUCCCUUGGGAAAAAAGUCUCUCCUGUUUUCUCUUUCCUCCCCCACACCCCACUCCUCACGCCCUUCUGUUCCUGUCCUUACCUUACUCCCCCUCAGGACCCCACCCUAUUUGAAAAGACAAAGCUCUGCCUACAUAGAAGACUUUUUUAUUUUAACCAAAGUUACUGUUGUUUACAGUGAGUUUGGGGAAAAAAAAAAAAAAAAAAACUAAAAAUGGCUUCCCCGGUCCUUGCAUCAACGGGAUGCCACAUUUCAUAACUGCUUUUAAUGGUAAAAAAAAAAAAAAAAAGAAAGAAAGAAAAAGUACAAAAAAAAAAAAAACUCUGAAGGACAAAAAGGUGACUGCUGAACUGUGUGUGGUUUAUCGUUGUACAUUCACAAUCUCGAAGGAGCCGAGAAGUUCGCAGUUGUGAGCAGACCCUGUUCACUGGAGAGGCCUGUGCAGUAGAGUGUAGACCCUUUCAUGUACUGUACUGUACACCUGAUACUGUAAACAUACUGUAAUAAUAAUGUCUCACAUGGAAACGAGAGAAGACGCUGGGUCAGCAGCAAGCUGUAGUUUUUAAAAAUGUUUUUAGUUAAAUGUUGAGGAGAAAAAAAAAAAAAAGGCUUUUCCCCCAAAGUAUCAUGUGUGAACCUACAACACCCUGACCUCUUUCUCUCCUCCUUGAUUGUAUGAAUAACCCUGAGAUCACCUCUUAGAACUGGUUUUAACCUUUAGCUGCAGCGACUGCGCUGCCACGUGUGUAUAUAUAUGACGUUGUACAUUGCACAUACCCUUGGAUCCCCACAGUUUGGUCCCUCUCCCAGCUACCCCUUUAUAGUAUGACCAGUUAACAAGUUGGUGACCUGCACAAAGCGAGACACAGCUAUUUAAUCUCUUGCCAGACAUCGCCCCUCUUGGUGUGAUGCUGUACAGGUCUCUGUAAAAAGUCCUUGCUGUCUCAGCAGCCAAUCAACUUAUAGUUUAUUUUUUUCUGGGUUUUUGUUUUGUUUUCUUUCUAAUCGAGGUGUGAAAAAGUUCUAGGUUCAGUUGAAAUUCCUGAUGAAGAAACACAAUUGAGAUUUUUUCAGUGAUAAAAUCUGCAUAUUUGUAUUUCAACAAUGUAGCUAAAACUUGAUGUAAAUUCCUCCUUUUUUUCCUUUUUUGGCUUAAUGAAUAUCAUUUAUUCAGUAUGAAA